AUGUCCUGGUCUGAUAUAAUAGGAAGCAGCACCAAACUUGGAAACAAGAUUGUUAAGGGGCUCAUCAAAGAGUUUGCCCCAACCCAAAACCCACUCCAAGACCCCGUUCCAGAAGACAAUGACCUCCUACAACAACAGACCAACAAAGUAACUCCACAGACCAGAACAAACCUGGAAAGUGAGAAGCCCAACGGAAAGCCCAAAGACAAAGAAAACACAAUCUUGAUUGGCUUAGAGAAUGAGAUGGACCCUGAAGAACAGUUGGAGGAAACAGGGACCACAACAAAGGAACACCCCAAUGAACUCACUGAAGAAGAGGAGGCCACUGCCACAGCUGCACUUAUGAACAAUGACACAAAUGGCAAAUCAGACUCCCAGGACAGCAUUGAGCAACCCAACAAACCAGGAAACCCAGGAUCAACCCCCUCCCCAGCCCCAGCAUCCUUCAAAGACCAAGACAUUCAGAAGUUUCCACUCUAUGCCUUGACCUCAAGACUGAAAUCACUAGACUCUGGCACAAACCUUCAAAAAUCCUUAUGGAGAACACCUGAAGAAUGGGGAUCUUUUAUCCUGAAGGAGGGCAUGGAGACCACCAUCAAACGACACAGUGGUGACACCUAUGUCUACCCCGACCCUAGGGCCCAAGGAAAAGGGGUCAAACUCCUUCUACGCCUGGCAAUGACACCCCCUGAAGAGUUCCCGUGUUUUGACCCCAGACUAUCCAAGUUUACUGAAAACACAUUCAUGGUCAGACUCAAACUCCUUGCACACAAUAGCAUUGGACCAGCAUACGCCACCCUCAAGGAUAAAGCACAAUCGCCACCAGCAGCGGAGCCUGACACAUCCAAGAAAUCUGGUAAAACCACAGCAAAACCAGCCAAAGCAGCCGCAUUCAAGAUGAGAGGCAUCUCCGGCAAACCCAUCAGUCAAUCCAACGCCUCAACCACAGCAAACUCUGAUCCAGUCAACAGCCCUACACCACCUGCAGGAGAGCCAACCCACAAGACCCUAUUCAAAGUAAACUUCCCCAACCAUGCCCCACUGCCUGAGGACCCACAGGUCCGCGGAAGCGUCAUUGGGGAACUCUCCCAACAACUUAUGGUGGACUUCUUGACACAACUCUUCUCCAAUGAAACCGAAGCCAAGCUCAUGCGAUACCCCACAGCAAGUCCACUUAGCUUCCAUUCUGCCUGGAUCCACCUUCACUCCAAAUCAGCCAAAUUCCCUAGAGAAGCUGAUCAGUUCAAGUGCCAAGAUUCUCAUCGCCCAUAA